AUGGCGACUUUCGAGCGUACUGCUUCACCACGGGCCGCGCCGCAAGUGACUCUACCAGCGUCAACCAGCACUGUGACGGUGCGGGCAAUCGACGCCGAGGCCAGGAUGGUGGGUAAUGCCAAAUUGUUCGUCCAGCCAGAAAUCGCUGGCCAUGAGGAAAUCAACUUUACCACCAUGUGUUUCUUGAUCGAACACAGGACAGAUGCUGGCACAGAAUCCAUCCUGUUUGAUUGUGGCAUUCGCAAGGAUUUUUGGAAUGCCGUGCCUUGGGCUCUGAAACAUAUUGGGACACUCAUUGCCGACAUGGACGUAAGGCAUGGCGUGGACGAGAUUCUGACGGAGCAGGGCUUCAACUUGUCCAAUCUAAAGGCCAUGGUUUGGAGCCACUGGCACUGGGACCACAUCGGCGACGGAGCCAAAUUCCCGUCCUCGACAGAUAUCGUAGUCGGGCCCGGAUUUACAGAGAACUUUGUACCUGGGUGGCCGAAAGACCCAGAUGGACGAGUUCCAUCUAGCUCACUCGAAGGUCACCGCAUUCAUGAGGUCGACUUUCCACUGGAGGUGGGAGGGUUCCCUGCUCAUGACUACUUUGGCGACGGUUCUUUCUACCUUUUAGACGUACCUGGUCACACUAUUGGGCACAUUUGCGGAUUCGCCCGUACCACCCCCGACACGUUCAUAUUCAUGGGCGCCGACUGCUCACAUUACGCCGGCAUGCUCCGACCGACCGAAUACGUUCCGAUGCCAGACACGAUCCCUCCCGGAACGCUGGACCCCUACUUCCCGCCAGUCUGUCCGUGCUCCGCCUUCACAGCGCUUCACCCGAAAGCUGGCACAUCUGACCACGCCAAGCCAUUGUCCGAAGCGCGGUCCCAGCCAUUCUACGACGUGACGCGCAACCCACAGGGCAUCUACGAGCUCGCAGAUCUUGCGCAAGAGAGCGUGGACAAGGUCAAGGCUCUAGACGCCCAGGACAAUGUCUUGAUUUGUCUGGCUCACGAUGUCGCCCUUGUAGACAUUUUGCCGCUGUAUAAUAACGAUGCCAGCGCAGACAUCAAUGAUUGGAAGGACUGCGGCUACAAGGAAAAGACGCGAUGGGGCUUUUUGAAUGAUCUUCCCCGAGACGGAGAACGAGGUCGGCCACCUCUGGUCCGAGGGCUGUGGUGUGGCGGGAAAAAAGUCGUCAGGAACGAGGAAGGCGUACUGGAAUUGAGCUCAGAGUCUGGGCAUGAGAAAUGA